CACAUCUUUCCUUUCAAGGGGUCCUAUUACCCCCCUAAACUAUAUUUUUCCGUAAUUAUUUGCACCUUUUGUGCUGACCUGGACUGGUGCGUGAAAUCAAAUAUGUGAAGCGCGUAGAGGUAAAAAAACAUAAUUUUUCACGAAUGGGAAACUGCCACGUAUCAUCACAAAGCUUAUGUGAAGACCCAUCGUCUCUUGUUCACUCCGUUCUUCAUCCUUUACUCCACCGAUUAUGAGCCCAAAUUGAAGAAUUCAAAUUAUUUUUUUGGUCUUAAAUUCUCGUCUUUUUCGACGAGGUAAGUAAAUUACUGUCUAAAUUCGUUAUCCUUUCUCCAUCUCAUGUCGAAUUUCUAGUUUAGGGUUUUAAUUUUCUUCCCCAAUUUCUGUGAAUGAAAUUUUAGGGUUAGGAAUGGCGAACAACUUGUUGAAUAAGCUGUGUAUGGACGAAGAAGAUCCUAUACUCAAUUCCAUAGUGCGAUGCAAACAUGGCAUUUUGCUGAAAAUGCAGACAUCUUGGUCUGAUCGCAAUCCCGGAAGGAGAUUUUGGUCUUGUCCUCACUAUGAGAUGGAGAGACACGGAGAGAGUUGAUCAAAGAUCAAGGUUUAUUAUUCCAAGAUUGGUGAACAAAAUCAAAGAGUUACAAGAAAAUUACGAGCAUGUUCGGGUGCAUUUGGAUGAGCUUGAAAGUCUUAAGAUGAAAUAUGAUAAUGUCGACAUGAAUUCACUUGAACCUAAGGAGAAAAUUCAGUUGGAUGAGGUUGAAAGUCUUACCCUUCAAUAUGAUAAUCUCAACAUCAGUGAGUUGAUUGAGCUUCAAGAUUCAAAAGAUUCAAUAGAUAAAGGUGAGUUGAUUGAGCUUCAAGAUUCAAAAGAUUCAAUAGAUAAAGGUGAGUUGAUUGAGCUUCAAGAUUCAAAAGAUUCAAUAGAUAAAGGUGAGUUGAUUGAGAUUCAAGAUUCAAAAGAUUCAAUAGAUAAAGGUGAGUUGAUUGAGCUUCAAGAUUCAAAAGAUUCAAUAGAUAAAGGUGAGUUGAUUGAGCUUCAAGAUUCAAAAGAUAAAGGUGAGUUGAAUGAGUUUGAAGAUUCAAAAGAGGAGGAGGAUGGGUUGAAUGAGUUUGAAGAUACAAAAGAGGAGAAGGAUGAUUUGAAUGAGCUUGAAGAUUCAAAAGAGAAGGGUAAUUUGAAAGAGAAGGAUAUGACAGGAAAAAAGAAAAGCGGGAGGUGUUGGUUUAAUAGAAACUUACUUUGGUGUUUGAUGGUUUGUUUAUUUGUUGUGUAUCUUAAUAGUUUAUUCGAAAUGGGCAACUUGAAGAAAAAUCAAAUGAAGUUGCCAUAGUAGCUAGUGGUUUGUUAAUAGUACCUCAUUUUGUUUGUUGUAAUGGUAC